CCAACCUAAAAAAGACGAUUAGAGACGUCAGGUGGAGGCUUCAGCAUGGACCGUCCGCAGUCCAGGAUCACGGCGCUGAGGAGAGGAAGUUAUGAUGACGCUGCAGCUGCUCUGCGCCCUAGACGCACAACGUCAGGUGGAGGCUUCAGCAUGGACCGUCCGCAGUCCAGGAUCAUGGCGCUGAGGAGAGGAAGCUAUGAUGACGCUGCUGCGUCUCUGCGCCCUCACUUCAAGGUUCUGGCUCAAAGGCGACGAUCUGCUCCGUCUCUUGUCUUUGGAAAAGCUCUCCCAUGGUCCCCCAUCAGCGAGGAGGCCUGCUCGGUGUCGGUGGAGCAAAGUCCAUUUGUGCUGGGCCUCACCAGUGAGAACGGUCCGCUGCUGCUAGAUGAGUGCGUCCAAGUCACGGAGGGAGCUAAGACCCGCGAGAGACACCUGUUCCUCUUCCGUGAUGUCAUCGUCAUGGCUAAACUCAGGUCCCCGUUCAGCUACCGUCUGAAGCACAGAGUCACCCUGAGCGACAUGUGUCUGCAGAGCGUCGCAGAGGACUUGGAUGAAGAGGAGCAACUUUGGGCCGACGUCGACCCCCGGGUCACCCUGGUUGUGGCCUGGCCUUUCACCUUUUCUUUAGUGUGUUUUGGCUCACCUGAGGUGAAGGACCGCUGGUUUGAAACUCUCAGCAGCCAAAUCAAAGUUGCGACGGCUCGAGCAGGCACUGCUUCGAUUCCUCCAGCUGUCCUCAUGAAGGUGCUGAGCAGCAGCGUCACAAAUAAAGAGCAGUCAGGCAGAGGCAUGGAACCAAUAAUCCAGUCUGCAACAGAUGGCGAUGCAAAGAUUUCAUCAGUGUCAAAGCAUGAUCAAGAGAACAAACCCGCUCAAACUCAUGAGUCCAAGUGGAACCUGGUGCGGAGGCUGGGGAAGAAGGCCAGUUUCGCUAGCAGAGCAGAGGCGGCGGGCCUCAAGACCCGCCUGUUCGGGCUUCCCCUUCACAAGAUCUGUCCUGACGACUGCUCCCUCCCGAAACCUGUGAACGAGAUGCUGCUGCUGUUGAGGAAGAGGGGUCCAGCCACUGAGGGGAUCUUCAGGAAGACGUGCAACAGCAAGAACAUGUGCGACAUCAGAGAGAAGCUGAACAGCGGCCAGGAGGUGGACUUGGAGGGUCAGCCCGUGGUCCUGCUGGUCGGCCUGCUCAAGAGCUUUCUGAAAGAACUCCCUGGCAGCCUGCUGGUCUCUGAACUCUAUGAGAAAUGGAUGGCAGCUCUGGAUAUUGAGGACGUCCAGCAGAGAGCUGUGGAUAUUGGAAUGAUGGUAGAGCAGCUCCCCAGGUGUAACCGGCUCCUCUUGCAACAUCUGCUCUGCCUCCUGCACCACAUCCUGCAGAACGCAGACAUCAACAAGAUGAACGCCUCCAACCUGGCGGUCUGCAUUGGUCCCACAUUGCUGCAGCUGGAUGACACUCCGCUGGAGGAGCAGAAGGACAAGAUGGGGAAGGUGACUGAAUUGACUCAGUUCCUGAUCGAACACUGUGAGUUGCUUGCCGAGAACCUUGUGAAUCUGCUGGACACGGAUGAAGACUCACUGUGCUCCCAGCAUCAUGACUCUGCGUACGACAGCACCGACCCUGACGGUGAUGGCGAAGGGGGCGACAAUUCGUCGCACGACGGCAGCAGCUGGUCUUCCUCUCUCAGCCCAAAUAUGGCCGCCCGCGUGUCCUGGCCGUCCAAUGCCGUCUUUGACAUGAAACCUGUGUUCGGCCGUCGGUGCUCCGAGCCCAUCAUCCUUCACUCAGCCAACAGCGAGAGCCUGAGCAGGAGUCACGACGACUGCUCGGUGGAGAGACGGCCUAGCGGUCAGAAGCCGCUCAUGAAGCCUCUUUCCGACGACUCUUUCCUUCUCAGACAUGCAACGGAGCCAAUGUUUCCUUUCGCAACGCUGAGGUCCACCGCCGAUCGCCUGGCCAGUGCUCAGAAGAAAGACUGUUCCAGCUCUUCUCUGGAGAGCGCCAUGUCCAACCAGUCUGAGGAGUCGGUCUUCACCAGCUCACCAAAAGGUUCCCCCACCUGCACCAAGAGGAAUAACCAGACUUUUUCAGAACUUCUUCCCAAACAAAACCCAGAUGCCAAGAUAAGCUCACAGUCCAUGCGCCCUAUUGCCAAGGUGCUACUGAGAACCCGUAGUCUGGGCCGGUUCAACAGGAGCAGCCUGAAGAAAGAAGCCCAGAACUUGUUCCCGUGUGAAACCCUGCAGGAGGACUCUCAGAGCGAAGCGGAGCCUCCAGCUGAGCAAAGACUCCGGCCCCUGUCUGCGGUGGAGGUCUUCCGACAGGUGGACAGUCGGUUGCCCUGCAGCCCACCUUCAUAUGAACAAGCAGUGCACAACACCGGGCUUCCCCCACAGUACGGGUCCAUGACCGUACAAGAUGCCAUUCAGCUAAAGAGAAGGUCGCGCCCGUCCUCCGUGAACUACGAGUUCCCUUGCGGCGCCCGUACAGAACCGUAUGACGCGCACGUGGUCGUUGCCAGGCAACCUUUCCGCCAGAGAGCCAUGUCCGAGUCUGUUGGGCUGGUGACCCGGAGGUGCAGUCAGCCGGUCUUUGAGGAGUUUUCCUACGCCAAGGAGUCCUACGUCUGAGAGGGAGAGGGCCCAGAAAGCUACAGCAGGUUGAGGAGGACUGAUAAAAACACCCACCUGAACAGCUAACAACUUCCCCUGGCUUCUUUUCAGGGAAUAUCACUUUGUUAUUUUUCAUUGUGUCCAGUCACAGUAACGGCCAGCCUUUCUUAAGUCACUCAGCUAUCAGAUGUGUUUCACUCUUCCUUCUCUCUGUUCUGCUCAAAAUGUUUGUUUGACCUUGUUGCCAUGGCGGCACUUUUUAAGUAGUACUGUUUAGAGUACGAGUUAUGAAAUGUGAUGAUAGAUAUUUAGUCUAUCACGGUGAAGCUAUCUAAAUAUAUAUAUAUUUUUUAUUUAGUUUUAAUAACAAAAACUCUUGCAAGUCCCUUUCCUAAUUUUCUUUCACUACACUAAAGCACUUUCUCAGCUUUUAUUAUUGUGUCUUCAAUGUGAAAUAA